AUGAUUACAGAGGGCGCCGCUACACCCUGUGCCGAGGUGCCGGCGAUUCGCCGUGUUCGGCGAACUCGUUCACGCUUUGAGCGUCUCGUCCGCCCUGAGGAUGUCGCCCCCGGUGAGCCAACCCCUAGUGUGGAGGGAUGGGUCCUAUUCCUCACCAACUUACCACCCAACACCACGAUGGACCACAUCACUGAUCUUUUUGUUACGCGUGAGGGUGAGGGACUCUGGAACGUGCGGGAAGUGAAAAUGCCCCUUGAUAAAAAUUGUGAAUGUUGCGGUUAUGCACUGGUGGAAUUGGAAAAGCGCGAAGCCUUCGAGGCCGCAUUGCGAGAUAUGGAAGGAAUGACGUUGUCCUUCGCUGAGGGUGAACCACCAAACGGCGAGGACGCGUGGCGUCUUCACAUAGCUCCGACAUUCCUCGGCGAGAAGGACGACGAAGAAGAGGAGUUGGUGGCGGGAGGAAAACGGGAGCGUGAGUAG